AUGCCGUCCACCAUUAUCGACGAUGCUGAGCGGCUGCGUCAGCGCUGGGCCGGGCUGGUCACCGAUGUGACGCCCUCCCAGCUGCCCUCCGGGCUCUUCUCCAAGCGGCAAACCCACUCUCCCAUAGGCACGCUGGACGUGGAUCUGGAUGUCCCGUCCAUGCACGCCUGCUGCCAGCAGUGGGAUGUCUCUCCCAUACAGCUCGUGCAGGCGGCCUGGGCUGCGGUGCUGCGCUCAUACUCUGGAUCCGACGAUGUCACCUUCGGUGGCAUUGGCCUGGAUUCCCCCAGCCGCACGGCGAAGCAGCGGUGGACGAAUACCACCCUCUGCCGGACGCGGCUGGACCAGGACAGCUCGGUCCUCUCGGUCCCCGAGCAGAUGCUGCAGGAGGGCCUGCCCGAGGCUGACUCGCUGGUCUCGGUGUCGGAGGCCCUACAGGUCUUUUCCACCCUGGAGCCCAAGCCGUGCAACUCCGCCAUCUGGCUGAAGGACCCGUCCUCGAAGACGGAGACGUCCGAGACGGAGAUCGUGUCCGAGAAAACCUUCAACUACGUGCUACGAAUCGAUCCCUCCCUAUCCACCCUAGCUUUAAUAUACCACAAACCCUCCGUCUCCCAAGCCCAGGCCGAAUACAUCGCCGCGACCUUCUCCGAGACGCUACAUAAUGUCUUCAUCGACCCCGACCAGCCCGUCUCGGGCCUCUGCCACCCGAGUGAGCUGGACGCGCAGCAGAUCGAGGCCUGGAACCGCAUCCUGCCGAGGGCUAGCCGUCUCUGCGUUGACCGCAUGAUUGAAGAGACGGCCCGGCGGACCCCAAACUCCCCUGCCCUGUCGUCGUGGGACGGACAUCUGACAUACGCCCAGUGCGACGAGGCAGCCUGCCGUGUCGCUCGGCACCUGUCUUCGGCCGGCGUGCAGCGCGGCCAGCUGAUCCCGAUCUGCUUCGAAAAGUCCCUGUGGACGAUCAUCACCAUGAUUGCCCUGUGGAAGGUCGGCGCCGCCUGGGUGCCCCUCGACCCGCGGCAUCCUCGCCGGCGUCUGGAGACCAUCACCGCCAGCGUGGACGCGACCAUCGUGAUCGCCUCCGAAGGCAACCGGGACUUGCUCGCGGGCAUCACCCCGCAGGUGAUCGUCGUGGACGCCGCGCUCAUCCGUCACAUCCAGUCCCUGGACGCAGCCUUCGAGUCGCGAUCCCAGCCCCACGACGUCUCAUUCGUCAUCACAUUCGAGAUCUUCACGACGCUGAUCGUGGGCGGCUGUCUCUGCAUCCCCUCGGAUCACGACCGCCAUACAGACAUCCGCCCAUUCCUGCGGUCGAUGGACGUCAACUGGGCCAUCUUCACCCCCAGUUUCGCCCGCUCCGUCAAGACAGAAGACGCGCCCACGCUGAAGACCCUCCUGCUCGCCGGCGAGGCUGUGGCGCAGGACAUCAUCGACCGGUGGGCGUCCGCCGCGCAACUAAUCAACAUCUACGGCGCCAGCGAGUGCUCCGUCUGCAUGAUCGGGCCCAUGGCCAGCGACACCCCGCGCAGCUGCAUCGGACGGGCAACCGGCGUCCUCUCCUGGCUGGUCGAUCCCAACGACCACGACCGCCUCGUCCCCAUCGGGUCCAUCGGCGAGCUGAUCGUCGAAGGCCCGACGCUUGCGCGCGGCUAUCUCGCCGACCCGGAGAAGACCGAAGCCGUGUACAUCGAAAACCCCGUGUGGGCACAGCAACCGGACCAGACGCGGCGGUUCUACAAGACGGGCGAUCUGGCGCGCUAUGGCGACGACGGCCGCGUGCACCUGAUCGGCCGCAAGGACUUGCAGGUCAAGAUCCGCGGCCAGCGCGUGGAGUUGACGGAGAUCGAGGCGCACAUGCGCGCGAUCAACAACGCCGUCAAGACCGCCGUCGCGAUGGUGCAUCCGCAGGGCAAGGCGAUGCUGGUGGCGUUUAUCUCGAGCCAGAGUGGCUUCGGGCCUGAGUUUCCGCACGCCUUCCAUGCGCCGCCGGAGGAUAAGGCCAGCGUGGCGGCCGUGGCGGCGCAGAUGAGCCAGGAGUUGACGCUGCGGCUGCCGCCGUAUAUGGUUCCGUCGGCGUUUCUGCCGCUGGCGUUCAUGCCGUUGACGGCGUCGGGGAAGACAGACCGUCGUCUCAUCUCGACGUUUGCCACGGGGGUGUCGUUGUCUGAGCUGGCCGCGCUGGUGGGCGGCGCUGCGACGACGGCCCGGACGAGGCCAUCCACGCCGGCGGAGAGGAGUCUGCAGCAGAUGUGGUCGGAGGUUCUGCACUGCCCGCCCGAUGAGAUCGGGGUGGAAGACAAUUUCUUUCAUCUGGGCGGGGACUCCAUCGAGGCGAUGAACCUGACCAGGCGAUGCCGUGCCGAGGGCUUCCAGCUCCAGGUCAGCGAUAUCCUUGAGAAUCUGGUGCUGGGCGACAUGGCCAAGGCGAUGGUGCCGGUUGGGACGACGGAGGCGGCGCCUGCGCGUCCGUUCGAGCUGCUGGGCGAGGACGAGGAUGCAGUCCGUGCCCAGAUCCAGGAAGCCAGUGGGUUCGAUGCAGAGCUCAUCCAGGACGCGUACCCGUGCACCCCUCUGCAGGCCGGCAUGAUGGCUCUGUCUACCCGGAUUGCCGGGUCCUACAUCGCCCGCCAUACGAUGGAGCUGCCUGGAUCCCUCAGUGUCGGCCGCUUCCAGGAGCUGUGGGAGCUGGUGGUCGUGAACAGCGACGUGCUGCGCACGCGGAUGGUCGAGACAGAUCUGUAUGGCACGGUGCAGAUGGUCAGCCGGGGCCGCAUCGAGUGGGCGCAUGGCACUGACCUGGAAGGCUACAUCGAGUCGGACGAGAAGGUGCCCAUGCAGGUGGGCGAUGCAUUGUCGCGGCAUGCCAUCGUCACCGCGGACAAGACCUACUUCGUCCUGACCAUCCACCACGCCAUCUACGACGGGCUGUCCCUGGAGAUGCUGUUCGACGACCUCGUGCAAGCCCUGCAGGGCAACGUGCCUCCCGCGCGCACGCAGCUGCGCGACUUCGUCCAGCACGUCAUGGAGAAGAACAGCGACAGGGCCACCGAGGACUACUGGCGGCGUGAGCUCGCCGAGGGCGAUGUCCCAGCCUUCCCUACCCUGCCCUCUGCCACGCAUCAGCCGGUAGCCAACGAGUCCCUGGUGCAUACCCUCCGGCUGCGUCGCCGCGGGCCGUCCGAUUUCACCACCGCGACGCUCAUCCGCGCCGCAUGGCAGAUGCUGCAGGCCCGCUACCGCGACGCCCCGGACACCGUCUUCGGAUGCACCGUCAGCGGGCGGAACGCGUCCGUGCCGGGCGUCGAAGACGUCGUCGGGCCCGUGAUAGCCACCGUCCCCAUCAAGGCGCACCUGGACCCGGAGCAGCCGGUGUCCGAGUACCUGCAGGCGGUGCACUCGCACUCCGUCGGCAUGACCACGUACCAGAACUAUGGCAUCCAGAACAUCGCGCGCGUGUCCGACGCCGCCGCCGCCGCGUGCAACUUCCAGACCCUGCUGGUGAUCCAGCCCGCCAGCUCGGGGCCCGGGGACAGCAUCAUCGCGCCGUUCUCGGCGCCCCGGGCGCGGUUCAGCACCGUGGCCCUGACCCUCGAGUGCAGUCUGUCUGCGGACGGGGGCGUGGUGGUGCAUGUGCACUUCGACAACGCGGUCCUAUCGCGGGCACAGGUCGUGCGCGUCGUGCAGCAGUUCGAGCAUGUCCUGCAGCAGCUGGCCGCCGAGCCGUCCGGGACCCUCGCCGGCAUCGAGAUGGUCAGUCCGCAGGACAUGGCCGACAUCCGGCAGUGGAACGCAACCGUCCCCGAGGCGACCCACGACUGCAUCCACAGCCUGAUCGCCCAGCAGACCAUCACGGACCCGAACGCGCCCGCCAUCGACUCGUGGGACGGCAGCCUCACGUACGGCGAGCUGGAGAGCCUGUCCUCGAAGCUCGCCGCGCAUCUGAUCAACGCCGGCGUUGGCCCGGAGGUCUUCGUGCCGCUGUGCUUCGAGAAGUCCAUGUGGACGAUCGUCGCUAUGCUCGCGACAAUGAAGGCCGGCGGCGCAUUCGUCCCGAUGGACGCCUCGCAGCCCUCCAGCCGCAUGCAGCUGGUGAUCCAGGAGGUCCAGGCGCACGUCCUGCUGUGCUCGGAAGCGCAACUGGGGCGGUGCCCGGGUCUAGUCGAGAAGGCCAUCGCCGUGGGGCCCGGGAUGCGGGAGGCCGCGACGCCCCAAACCCUAACGACGCCGGUGUCUCCCACCAACGCGGCGUACGUGAUCUUCACGUCCGGCAGCACCGGCACGCCCAAGGGGUCUGUCGUCGAGCACCGCGCCUUCUGCACGGGCGCCGUCUCGCACCGGGAGGGGCUGCAGAUGGGCCGCCGCGUGCUGCAGUUCGCGUCGUACACGUUCGACGCCAGCAUCCUGGAGAUCCUGUCGACCCUCGUCCAGGGCGGCUGCGUGUGCGUGCCAUCCGAGGCCGAACGCCGCGGCAACAUCGCCGAGGCCAUCGCCCGCAUGAACGUCGACUGGGCCGUGCUGACGCCCUCCUUCGUCAACACCAUCGACCCGGCCACCGUCCCGACGCUGGAGGUCCUCUGUCUGGCGGGCGAGGCCAUGACCGCCGCGCAUGUGUCCGCGUGGACGCCCUAUGUCCGGCUCGUGAACGGCUACGGACCCAGCGAAUGCUGCGUGUGCAGCUCGUCCAACCGCAAGGUCGUCCCGGGGACACCCCCCAACGACAUCGGGACGUCCGUCGGCGGCGCCUGCUGGGUCGCAGACCGAGACAACCACGACCGGCUCGCCCCCGUCGGAUGCAUCGGCGAGCUGCUCGUCGAGGGCCACACGCUGGCGCGCCACUACCUCAAGAACGAGGCGAAGACCGCCGCGGCAUUCAUCCCACGGCCGGCCUGGCUGCCCUGGGCGCGGUGCGACCGGCUCUACAAAACGGGCGAUCUGGUGCGCUACUCCCCGGACGGGUCCCUCCUGUUCAUCGGCCGCAAGGACACGCAGGUGAAGAUCCGCGGCCAGCGCGUCGAACUCGGCGAGGUCGAAUACCACCUGGCCCUGCCCGAGCAGGUCUCGCAGUCGGUCGUCGCGUAUCCCCAGACAGGCGUGUACGCGAACAAGCUCGUCGCGGUGCUGGAGCUGGCGGCCGUCAGCGGGGCCGAUCUCGUCCCCGUGUCUACCAACCAGCUCGACCGCACCGGGUUUGAUAUGGACUCCCUCUCGCGCGCCCUGGGCGACACCCUCCCCGUGCACAUGGUGCCGGUGAUCUGGAUCGUGGUGGAACGGAUCCCCAGCUCGUCGUCGACCAAGAUCGACCGCAAGGCCGUGGACACCUGGCUUGCGCAGCUGCCCUCCGACUUCCAGCCGGCGAUGGGGAUCAAGCGCGACGCACCGGCCGUGUCGACCCUGCGGCCAGACGAGGGCAAGGCGAUGGCAAUCAGCAACAAGAUCGCGACGCUGGUCCACCACUCCGACAGCCCUCUCCGGGGGCGCGACUUCAACAUCUCGUCCAUGGGCAUCGACUCCGUGCAGGUGAUCAGCCUGGCCAGCUUCAUCAGGCAGACGUACGGGGUGACAGUCGACGUGUCGCGGAUCCUCGACGGACAGAUGACCGUCCGCUCGCUGGCAGCCCUCAUCGCGGGCGAACUCACCGGCAGUCCGCAGGCAGUCCACCCCUCGUUCGACGCGAUGAAAGAAGCCCGCGCGCUGGCGCAAGACAUCAUCCAACGCGCGCCGGUCCGCAAGACCGUCUUCGUGACGGGGGUGACCGGCUUCCUGGGCACGCAGAUCCUGCGCCAGCUGUGCGACCGCUCGGACGUCGGGCGAGUCAUCGCACACGUCCGCGCCUCGACCGCAUCCGAGGCCUUCCUCCGCGUCAAGCAGGCGGCCAUCCGCGCGCAAUGGUGGUCGGACUACUCCCUGACCAAGCUGGACGUGUGGGCGGGCAACCUGGCGAAGCCGCGCCUGGGCCUGCAAGCCAAACAAUGGGCGUCGCUGACGGGCGACAGCCCCAACGACGGGCUCGUGCACGCGAUCGUCCACGCCGGGGCGGCCGUGAACUGGAACGCAGGCACGGAGAUCCUCCGCGCGGCCAACGUCGACUCGACGGCCGAGCUGAUCCGAGCGGCCGUCGCGUCCCCGGCACGGCCCAGGCUGGUGUACGUCUCCGGCGGACACCGAUGGCACAUGGGCGAGAACGACGCGGAGAUAUCCGCCGAAGUCGCGCAGGCGAACGGCUACGCGCAAACCAAGUACCUCUCCGAGCUCCUCGUCAAGCAGUUCGCGGCGCGGUACAGCGACCAGUUCGCCAUCAUCAAGCCCGGUCUCAUCCUGGGCACCCCGGACGAAGGCGUCGCCAACACCGACGACUUCGUCUGGCGACUCGCGUCUGGCACCGUCGACGCUCACUGCUACCCCACCACGCACAGCAACGCCUGGAUCUUCGUCACCAGCAGCACGCGCGUGGCGGAGGAAACCAUCCACCAGGCGUUCUGCGCGCCCUGCGAUCUGAAAACGGUCACGUACAUGACGGACGGCACGACGGAGCGCGAGUUCUGGGAGAUCUUCCACCGCGAGCUCAAGUACCCUCUCCAGCCGGUGGACCAGGAGACGUACAUGGCGACGAUGCAUGCGAUGAUCCAGGCGCAGGGUCAGGGACAUCCGCUGUGGCCGGUGGCGCAGGUGUUUGAUGCCAUUGGGGGACGACUCGGGGGCGAUGUGUUGGAGGAUGCGGGGAGCGUGGUGAGUCCGAGUCAGAGACAGCAUGUCAAGGCGACGAUUCGGCGCAAUGUGCAGUUUUUGGUCGAGGCCGGGUUUAUUGCCAGUCCCACGGGGAAGAAAGUGCGGUAUGUCGCGGAGAAGGUGUUUAGACGGAGUGGGAAUGUUUGGGAGGGGGUGAAGGGGAUGGUGGGGGUUAAUUAG